CAGUUCGUUAAGGAGCCAGGCGACUUCAGAGACGCCGGCGGUCUGCCUGCAGCACCUGAGCGCUGCCCCAGCCGAAUCCCCGCCGGCCGCGAUGCUAUAGGGACCGGCCGCGUUCUCCCGCCGGACCGUUAUCCGCGCCGGGCGCGCCUGCCAGACCUGCCGGCAAGAUGCCGCGCUCUUUCCUGGUCAAGAAACAUUUCAACGCCUCCAAAAAGCCAAACUACAGCGAACUGGAUACACACACAGUGAUAAUUUCCCCAUAUCUCUAUGAGAGUUACCCCAUGCCUGUCAUACCACAACCAGAGAUCCUCAGCUCAGGAGCAUACAGCCCCAUUACCGUGUGGACUACAGCAGCUCCAUUCCACUCCCCACUAUCCAAUGGCCUCUCUCCUCUUUCCGGAUAUGCCUCAUCCUUGGGGCCUGUGAGUCCCCCUCCUCCAUCUGACACCUCAUCCAAGGACCACAGUGGCUCAGAAAGCCCCAUAAGUGAUGAAGAGGAAAGACUACAGUCCAAGCUUUCAGACCCCCAUGCCAUUGAAGCUGAAAAAUUUCAGUGCAAUUUAUGCAAUAAGACCUAUUCAACUUUUUCUGGGCUGGCCAAACAUAAGCAGUUGCACUGUGAUGCCCAGUCCAGGAAAUCUUUCAGCUGUAAAUACUGUGACAAGGAAUAUGUGAGCCUGGGUGCCCUUAAGAUGCACAUUCGGACCCACACCUUACCUUGUGUCUGCAAGAUCUGUGGCAAGGCGUUUUCCAGACCCUGGUUACUUCAAGGACACAUUAGAACCCACACUGGGGAGAAGCCUUUUUCUUGCCCUCACUGCAACAGAGCAUUUGCAGACAGGUCAAAUCUGAGGGCUCAUCUGCAGACCCACUCUGAUGUAAAGAAAUACCAGUGCAAAAACUGCUCCAAAACCUUCUCCAGAAUGUCUCUUCUGCACAAACAUGAGGAAUCUGGCUGCUGUGUAGCACACUGAGUGACGCAAUCAAUGUUUACUCGAACAGAAUGCAUUUCUUCACUCCAACUCCAAAUGAUAAAUAAAAGUCCAAAGGCAUUUGCUCUUGUGCAUACUGACCAAAUAAUAUGUAUAGUCACACACACACACACACAGCUGCAAGAGCACGGAAUCCAUGUGUUUAAAGUUAAUCCUUUCCAUGUGAAGUUUAAAAUUUCUAUAUAUUUACUGACAUCUAUAUAAAGAGGAUAAAAGACAAUGAUCUUUCUCUUCAGAGGUGAAGCAAAAAGCACAUUAUAUCUUUUCUUAUAAAGAAAGAAUGCAAAGAUUUACAUUGCUGCCAAAGCAUUUCAACUGAAAAGAAUAGUAUUGUUUUGUAAUAGAGUUUGUAAUAGAAUUUCUUAUAGGAAGAGAAUCUGCCAGACGCUAUCUCAGGUGCCUUAUAAAGUAUUCCAAGUUUACUUCAUUACAUAUCUAACGUCUGGUUACCAAUGUUGAACUAAAGCCUUUUCUGAUUACCUGUAAUGCUUUAAACUGUAUUUUUAAAAGAGGAUAAAAAGAGCAAGAACAAAACACAGGAAAAUGUAUUAAAAGUGUUUUUUGUUGUGGCUGUUUCUGUUUUGCCGGUAAAUAUUACGUGCCUUGCAGAAGAGGGAAAGGCUAGCUUUGAACAUUCCUGGUGCAUGCUCCAUGUCUUACUUUUUAAAUGAAUUUUUAAUGAUUUUCAAACAUUAAUUAAAGAUGGGAAUAAGUGCAAGAAAGGAUUCUUAGAAACUCAGUAAUGUACUUAAACUAUUUUAAAUGCAUAAAAGAAAUGCAAUCCAUACCACACCCUUUCCAUGUGCCUUUUUUAAUUAAUUGUAUAGUUGAUGAGUCAAUGUAAAUUUGUGUUUAUUUUUAUAUGAUUGAAUGAGUUUUGUAUGAAAGUGAGAUGUUGUCUAUAGCUAAUGCAUAUAAACAACAUGAAGACUUGUGAAAUCAAUGUUUCUUUUUUAAAAAACAAUUUUCAAAGUCCUUUUUUACAAUAAACAUUUUUGAUUUAAAA